AUGCCACGUUUGGUUUCCUAUGCUUGCCCUGUCAAGACUUGGUGGCCGGGUGCUUUUCGAUUCCUGUCCACGCAUCAGCUUCAGAGUGGGAAGUGCUGGCAAGUGAGUUCGCAUGGGCGGUGUUGCAACCUGGCGGGAGUUGUGUCGGAUGGACAUUUGCAUCCAUCCGGCUACAGGCAGGUGAGCAUCUCAGGUUGCAGCUUCAAGGUGCAUCGCUUGGUGGCCUUUGCUUUCUUAGGACCUCCACCAUCAGAGCUUGCAUGGCAAGUGCACCACCGUGAUGGCAACUCGUCCAACAAUCACUUGAACAACUUGGAGUACGUCACUCCCAGACAGAACAUCCUCUAUUCAUAUGCCAAAGGUUCCAGACGCACUGGUGGUCCUGCGCAAUCGAAGCCGGUGAUGUGGAGAGCUGUGGGGUCCCAAAGCUGGACCACCUCGCCGUCUAUGACACAUGCAGCACAGCAGGUCGGGACGGACACUUUUACUGUUUCAAAGGCGUGCCGGCAUGGCAAAUCUGCAAAUGGCUUCGAUUUUCAGCUGGUUGAUUGCACUGAAAGCACAGUCUGGGUAGGAGAGGAGUGGCGACAAAUGUAUGACCCAAUGUCGGGCACUGAAGUGCCUGGAAGGAGGGUGAGUUCACUUGGUCGAAUACAAUCUCAAAAGGGUUUGAUAUCAAAGGGGACCAAGAUCAAGAUCGGUUAUUUCACGACAGAACUGUCAUUGGCCUCGGGAAGACGUUCAGAAUUAGUGCAUCGGCUUGUGGCGUUUGCAUUUUUAGGGUGGCCACCUUUGAGCCUAGACCGUAGCUAUUGCCAAGUAAACCACAAGGAUGGCGACAAGGGCAACAACGCAAUUGAAAACCUGGAGUACGUCACCCCUGCUGAGAACCUGGCGCACUAUCAUGCCAAUGCAAGCAGCCUUCCCCGACAAGGCAAGCCGGUGGAAAGCAGACGACAUGAUAGGAAUGACAAUAAUGUUAAUAAUGAUGCGUGGCAGUGGCAUGGUUCUGCGUCUAGUGCUGCAAGAGCGCUUGGGCUGCACGCCUCCGCAAUCUCCAGGUGCAUCCGUGGCCACUGCCACCAGGCUGGGGGCUUCACGUUCCGGGCAGCCGAAGCAAAGAUCACUAUUUCUUAUGCAGAUGAGGAAUGGCGCAAAGUUGACAUUGAUUCGUUCGGCGGCUGCACGCUGAUUCUGGGCCGAAGAACCUGA